AUUAGUAUAAGAAUUGGACACACUCGGUUCCCUAGUAAUCCCCAUUUUUUUGCGAAGCUAUGCUUUCCACUCACAACUUCCAUUCAAAAGACGAAUCACGCCCUUUGGCCAUCACUGCUGUCCGACCACGACCGAUACCCAAUUCCUACUGGGCCACACCUUUCCUCAUCGCGUGCGAAUACCCAUGGACACCCCUGGCUCCGUGUAAGCCCAAGCUUGACGCCCUGCUCGCAGCGGGCGUGCGGACGUUCAUCGACCUCACCGAGCGCGACGAGCUAAAGCCUUACACGCACAUACUCUGUGCACGGGCGACGCUACUGGGGGUGGAUCCCACAACCAUUGAAUACAAGCGGUUCCCCAUACGCGACAGGUCCCUGCCAGACAGUGUGGGGUACAUGCAUCGCGUGAUGGACGUCCUGCGGGAUAAUGAAGAGCGGGGGAGGAUCUGUGCGGUCCACUGCCGGGGCGGCAUCGGGCGAACAGGGAUGGUGAUCGGCUGUUGGCUGGUGCAGAGUGGUGUAGCAAGAGACGGGGAAGAGGCCCUGAUGAUCAUUGCGGAGGAGUGGCGGUCCGUCGAGAAGCAUACGCGGUAUCCGCACAGUCCCGAGACCGGACCGCAGUUUGAAUUUGUGAAGAAGUUUCGUCGUCGGGUGGGGUAGUUACUGCUGAGAUUGAAGCUUGAAGGUGGGUAUGGUUUUGUUAUGGGGAUUUUUUGUUAUCGUUCCUAAUUUUUUUUUUGCGGCCAGAAAGGUGAUGAACUGCACGUUGGAAUUUGCUACGUGUUAUAUUGUUUGGACUU